AUGUGUUUUUUAGGCACCAUUUUAACGCAUAAUGAAUCAUGUACAUUAUCCAGUCAAUGUAAGUCAAUGGUUGGCCUCAUUUGUAAUGGUACUGGUAUAUGCAGCUACGUUAAAGAAACUGCAUAUAAUAUCAAUCAGUCAUGCACCAUAGGUUCAAAUGAAUGCGAUUCAGCUAAAGGUCUUUUCUGUAAUAGUAGCCGAUGUCAAUGUGAUUAUUCAACAAAAUAUUGGAACAUCAAUUUUGAACAAUGCCGUGUAUAUUUCUGUUCGGAAAGCUGCAGAAUACUUGAAAAAACCUAUGUAUUUAUUAUCUUCUUCUCUAAAUAUUUAGAGCAACGUUUGAAUUAUAGCCAAAUGUAUGUACUUGAUAGUGAUUGUAUGUCAACAUUGAUUUGCCCAACAGUAUCAAGUGCAUGUAAUUGUCCUCUAUCUCUGUCUGAUAUGGUUUGUAACUGCGCAAGCACAAAAUAUUAUGAUUCAACGUUACUACAAUGUGAUAUAUAUAUAAUUGCAUUGUUGUCUUCAUUCGUUGUCACAUUUUCUUUUUUUAUAAUAGUGAAUCGAGCAUCAUUAAGUGGUUUAUGUUUAACAUCAUCUAAUUAUACAUGUCUUAUAUCACUUUAUUGUAAUGCAGACACAUGUGCUUGCCCAAUAGGCACUAUUUGGAUAGCUGCAAAUACGACUUGCGUUGCUACUGGAUAUAUUUUUUUUAUCGCAUUUCCCUUUUCCCCUUAUGUGUGA